AUGGAAAUGGAUGUCAGAACUCCAGAUAAGUUAUUAAAUAAUGUUAACAUAACCUUAGAUGGUAAGCAAAUGUGGUUAUCUCCUUUCGUUAAUUCAUACACAGAUAGAUUAAAAACGAAUAUAAAUUCGAGUGUUUUUGAUCAGAUUAGUUACUAAGUCAACAAAUUGAUUUUGUUAUUUGAUACUCCUCAAUAAAUAUCUGCCAUAUCCUUUUACAAUUAUAGUAAAACACCUGUGAGAGGAGCUAAAGGAAUGUGA